UGGUGGUGAGGGGAGAGAGGGGGGAGUCAGGGGGAGAUGGCUGCAGGGAGGCAGGAGUGGACCGGGUCAGGAACAACUGAAACCAAACUAAGGUGACCUUGAUCAUCCGGAGCUGUGAGGAGGAUCCAGCCGGCGUGUGCGCGCUGCUGCCCGGCCUGCACACACACACUGAGCCCGUGUCUACCUGCUCAUCCUGGUGGGGAACAGCCAUCAUCUGCCCGUUAUCCCGCCUGUCUGUCCGGUUACUUAACCGCACCUCAGUCCCCUGCUGGAUCUUUUAUUGUGACACCGUGUGGACCUUGUCUCCUCUGUGUAUGAGAAGUGGUGUCUGCAGCGGACGGGUUUUGAGUUAUGCAGAUCGCUGGCAGGCGGCACGCUGCAGAGUCAGCAGCAGCACUUGAAGUUGAAGACUCUGUGUCUGUAUCUGCUGCGUCGCUCUGACCUGCUGAUCCGGUGGAGUGCGGAGCUCCAGAGGCCCAUGGCCCCUGUUUCUCUCCGCCAGUGAGAGGUGAGCCAAGCUGGCCUCCCCGGCCCCCUCCCUGCCCCCGGCCCCGGACCCGGACCUGGACCUGGAUCCGGAUCCGGACCCGGACCCGGACCCGGACCCCGAGCCUGAGCAGCGGCACAUGCACGAGGAGGAGUAUGUGAGCGAGAGAGAGCCCAUCGACACACACCCGGUGACGCCUGACUGCAGGGACGCCGAGACAAUCACAGAUGUGUGCAACAGCACUGACCUGCCAGAGUUUGAGAUCAUCAGUCUCCUGGAGGAGCAGCUGCCGGUGUACCGUCUGCGGGCCGACACCGUCUACGGCUACGACCACGAUGACUGGCUGCACACUCCUCUGGUUGCGCCGGACGCCAGGCUCGACCUGACCACCGAGCAGAUCGAAGAGACCCUCAAAUACUUCUUGCUAUGUGCAGACAGAGUGGGCCAGAUGACGAAGACGUACAGUGACAUCGAUGCUGUCACACGUCUGCUGGAGGAGAAAGAGAGAGACUUGGAGUUGGCUGCAAGGAUCGGCCAGUCGCUUCUUAAGAAGAACCGAAUUCUGACUGAGCAGAAUGACUAUCUAGAGAUACAAGUGGCACAUAUCACAGAGGAGGUGGCCCAGCUGCACCAUGAGUUGAACCUGAAGGACGAGCUGCUGCAGUUUUACACCAUCGCAGCUGAGGAGAGCGAGGACGAGUCCAGCAGCUCCCCAACGGGUAAGAGGAGUAAAGUGGGGGCCGCCUCAGGAGGCUUUGUGAGCGACACACUGCAGAGGAAACUCAAAGACCUGGAAGAAGAAAACCUGUCGCUCCGCUCAGAGGCUCACCAUCUGAAGUCAGAGACUGAAAUCUAUGAAGAAAAGGAGCAGCAGCUCGUGAACGACUGUGUGAAAGAGCUCAGGUCGUCCAGUCUCCAGAUCUCUGCCAUCGCGGAGGAACUGGCUCGUAAGACCGAGGACGCCUCCAGACAGCAGGAGGAGAUCACACACCUCCUCUCUCACAUAGUGGAUCUGCAAAAGAAAGCCAAAUCUUUUGCAGUGGAGAAUGAGGAGCUCUCUCAACACCUGCUGGCAGCUAAAGAUGCUCAAAGGCAGCUGACAGCGGAGCUGCAGGAGUUGGAGGGGAAGUACCUCGAGUGCAUUGAGAUGCUGCAUGAAGCUCAGGAGGAGCUGAAGAACCUGCGGAACAGAUCCUGCACGGCAGGAACCCCUCGGCGCUACAACACGCUGGGACUGUACCCGAUGGAUUCUCUGGCUGCUGAGAUUGAGGGAACGAUGAGGAAGGAGAUGAGUCUGGAGGACCCUGAGUGUGAAGAACUGAAAACCCAUCGCAAGCGCGUCUUUGAGACGGUCAAGAACGUCAACCAGACUGUGCGUCAGCGUUCACUGACUCCGACCAGCGCCAACAUCCCAGGCUCCAACCAGUCUCUGUCCGCACGGACGUCACCUCAGUCCAGCGGCCUCUCCACGCCCCACUCCAGCAUAUAUGGCGUUGACAUCAGCGGAGACGGCGCUGCCCUUGACAACCGCACGCAGAGCAUCCUAAUGGAGACGGCAUCUAAUCAGGAUGGCAGGGGCCGGGAGAAGAAGGCGAACGGUGCUGAGGACCUGAGGGUGGCCCUGCGCCGCCUGUCUCUGCGUCGACAAAACAACCUGAGCGAGAGGCGCUUCUUUGUAGAGGAGCGGGAGCGAAGCAAGGGCGGACACGGAGGGAUGCACGAUGCUCUGGGCCAGGAGAGCGGGUUGACGCCCUCAGAAAGCAUCAUGUCCCUCGGGAACCUCCACCUGUGGGCCACACGAGGGCCCUACCUCCCAGACAAACUCCAGAUCGUCAAGCCACUUGAAGGCUCUGCCACCCUGCACCACUGGCAGCAGUUAGCACAGCCUCACCUCGGUGUGAUUCUGGACGCCAGGCCGGGAGUCGUACCCAAGGGUUACAGACCCCUCGAGCUAGAGCUGGAGCAGGUGUAUCCAUGGGGGGGCUUUGAAGAGGAUGAACCAGGUGAUCAGUACUUCCAGAAUCUGCCCACGUCCUCUGCCUCGGCCUCUCCAGCUGUGCCCUCCACCUCCGGCACCAGCGACACCAACCUCGGGCAGCCUCCACCCAGCCUCGCUCCGCUCUCCCCCUCCCCGCCAUCCCCAUCGCCACAUCUCAGCAACACUGACGCCCUGGCUGCGUACUACCCAGGUAAAUGCAUGGCCCACACCAGCUCAACCUACACCUUCACAACCUGUCGGAUUCUUCACCCGACAGAUGAGCUGACACGGGUCACGCCAAGUCUGAACCCAGUCCCAGCGACGUCCUCCUGUGUGAUGACCAGCACUCUGUUGGGCACUCCGGCUGUGACACCCUGCACCCCCCGUAGGCUCGGUCUCAGGCCGUCCGAAUCUUCAACCAACCUCAGAGAUGCGACACGCACCACCAGCACCUCUCUGGGGUUGGUGCGCCUUCUCCAGGAGAGAGGGAUCUCAGCAGCAAUGUAUCACCAGAGCCAGGGCCUGGAGCACGGCCAGAGCAGCGGAGGAGUCUUAUUCAGCACUUCCAUCGCUCCUAACCGAACGCCCAACCCUGACCCUCUGCGCCCCUCCACCCCUCCCAACUCGCCCACGGGACCUGGAGCUUCAGCCGUGCUGACGUCUGCAGGGUUCGACUUCAAUAGCCCUUCUUACGACAACUUCCUGGCCUCUAAACCAGCCCGCUCCAUCCUGAAGGAGGUGACUGGGGGGAUGAGGGGUAGGCAGAGAGGGCGGGACUGCGAAAGCCAAACGGACGUUAGCGUUACCGUCCAACACCUCAACCUGCUGGAUAAGGUGAAACGUCUGGGUGUGGCCGGAGCUCAAGGGGGCAGAGCAAUGAGCCCCAGCCCCAUGCUGGGGCCUCUGGGUGGGCUUCGCAGGUCCGGCUCCCCUUUCGGGCCUGAUGGAAUAAGGAGGAACAGGAGUUAUCCAGCUAUGGUUGGUGCCAGCAUGGCCAUGAAAGCCCCAGGGCCCCCAGAGUAGUCCGGACUACUGCUGGCCAUCUGGGUAGCCAGGCCAGAGCCAGGCAGGGCCGAGGACUGACUGUUGAGCAGUCACCUGGAGCCCAAACUCUGACUGACACUGUUCAUACUGUACGACAGUGACAUGGUACUACUGACUCAUCACUACUGUGGUUCCACACUGACACAAUCAACUUUACAAUACUUUGACGUGGUUGCACCUGCUUUAAUUGAGAGCAAAGUCAUUUAAAGGGUUAAUUCACCCAAAAUUCGAAACGCAUAUAUUCUAUAUAUUGUGAUUGAACACUAAAUUAGUUUUUAUGUGCUCAGAUUUUGAGAUCCCUGAAAUGUAUAAAUGCAACUUUUUUUAAAUUUUGCAUCUUAGCUCUAUGACUAAAAGCGCACUCUGUGUUCUUCCGUUUGACAGAUAUCUAAACUCUGGGCAAACCUGUUUUAUGUAAUUUAAUUGUAUGUAACUGGGUGAACUGACCCAGACGGAUAAAUCCAAAAACUGUGCAGUCAAAGCUGCAAAUAUCUCCCACUGCUAUCCGCUCACACCCCCCUGCUUCGGAGACUGACUCUGCUGGCUAGAUGUAGUACUCCCACUCUCGCCUUAUUCUGAAUCACAUCCACCAAAUCCCACACACACUCUGAUGUACACAGGUGCACUCUUCAAUCUGCCAUGGCCCUAGUUGGCUAUUUGUCCUCACUGUAGCACUAAACCAUGCCAAUUCAUUCUUCCUUAAUAUUACUGGAUCAAAAAUUCACAUUUUAUAAAGAAUUGAAAAUUUACACCAAAUACAUGAUGACACUCCCUCUCUCCCCUCUCGCCCUAAAUCUCUCCCGAUCCAAUUGGGUUUGAGCCCGACAUGUCACUUUCAGCAAAUCAUUGAAUAGUUUUUACGUCUUUAUUAAAAGAUACAUUGAUUUAGUUUCCUAAUUGGCCAUUAGACCAGGAAGUUGAUGAUGCUUGCACUGGAUCAGACGGAUCAAUACGCUGAAGCUGCAGCUCAGCGAGAGGAUGAAGACAGAGACAGGGGAAGUGAUUGUGGUUAAUCAGCCAUAGUGGUCGGACAUCUUCCUUAAGUUUUCCAGGGUGAAAUGAAGCAAUAUGUGCCUCGACCAUCUGUUUUUGAUCAUUUGUGUUAUUCAUGUGUUGGAUUAAGGGCGUGAAGUAUCUGUCACUAUCACUGUUGCAUUUGUGUUAAGUUAUUUUAAAAACCCUGUCCUGAAUUUCAACUUUCUUUCAUUUGAGAUAAUCUGUUGUCACGCACAUUAUAAAUACUGUUCAUUGUCAGUGACAUGUCAGUGAUGACACACUUAUUACUAUUGUGUGUAGUGCAUUACCAUGAACCACACAUCACUGUAAGUAUCGGGGUGAGCAUGUAAUCAGGGGAUUUUUUUCCGAAUAAAACUUGUCAAACAAAA